GUUUUCGGGUCCCCAGAUGUUAAGGGAUCAAAGAGGGUAAAGGUGUGGGGUAUUUAACACGAAGGGAGUCUGGUGAAACUAAAUCUGUGCUGUCCACUAAGGUGGUUACUGGUGACGUGGGGCCGUCCAGCCCCUGAAUGUGAUUGCUCAAUUAGCAAGUGGAUGUGCGGGUAACAUGUCCAGUGUGUCCGAGGAGAGAAGAAAAAGGCAGCACAAUAUUAAGGAAGGUCUACAGUUUAUUCAGUCUCCGCUGUCAUAUCCAGGGACCCAGGAGCAAUAUGCGGUGUAUUUGCAUGCUCUCGUGAGAAAUCUUUUUAAUGAAGGAAAUGAUACUUAUCGGGAAUGUGAUUGGAGUAGCUCUCUAAGUCAGUACUCGGAAGCUUUGAGUAUAGCUGAUUAUGCAAAGUCUGAAGAAAUUUUAAUUCCUAAAGAAAUCAUUGAAAAACUUCAUAUAAAUCGUAUUGCCUGCUAUUCUAAUAUGGGUUUCCAUGAUAAAGUUCUGGAAGAUUGUAAUGCUGUCCUCAGUAUUAAUGCCAGUAACUGCAAGGCUCUGUAUCGGAAAUCUAAGGCUCUGAGUGAUUUAGGGCGCUACAAAGAGGCCUAUGACGCUGUAGCAAAGUGCUCCCUAGCAGUGCCUCAGGAUGAACAUGUAAUAAAACUAACUCAAGAAUUAGCUCAGAAAUUGGGAUUUAAAAUAAGGAAAGCAUAUGUUAGAGCUGAGCUCUCUCUGAAGCCAGUUCCAGGAGAUGGGGCUACCAAGGCUGUGAACUAUUCUGUGGAAGAUAUUGAGCCAGAUUUAUUAACCCCAAGGCAAGAAGCACUUCCAGUUGUCUCCCUUCCUAUGUCCAGUUUUCCUCAUGACAUUGGGAGUGAGCUGGCCUCAGUUCCUGUUAUGCCUGUAACUUCUGUUUUGCAAGUGGAUGAGAGCCCACUGCCAUCCACAGUGUUUGCAAACGGAGGGAAGUACGCCUUCAUGCCGCCAGACACCUUUGUAGAUGAUGGAGACAUUGUCCUUGGGGAUGACAUAGAUGACCUCCUUGAUUCUGCCCCAGAAACAAAUGAUGCUGUCAUGCCUUCCACCCUGGGCAGAGGAUCCCUCCCAACAGCCAGUGUGGCUCCUAGCUUGCCCUUCAGAACAUCAACGUCUCUGCUUGGAACCUUGCCCAUUGGUGCAAGGUAUGCUCCUCCGCCCUCCUUUGCAGAGUUGUAUCCACCUCUGACCUCGACCUUGGAAGAUUUCUUCUGUUCUUCUUUAAAUUCAUUUUCAGUGACUGAGUCCAAGCGAGAUCUGUCCACCUCAACUGCUAGAGAGGGAACAACGCUUAACAACAGUAAAUCCUCCCUUUUCCUUAUGAAUGGACCAGGCAGUUUGUUUCCCUCUGAAAAUUUCCUGGGAAUUGCAAAUCAGCCUAGAAAUGACUAUGGAAACUUGUUCGGAAGUGUGAUUGCUAAGCCAUUUUCAUCAGGGACUCCUAGGCACCCCCUCGAAGGAACCCACGAGCUGAGACAAGCUUGCCAGAUCUGCUUUGUAAAGUCAGGCCCUAAGUUAAUGGAUUUCACUUACCAUGCUAAUCUUGAUCAUAAAUGUAAGAAAGAUAUUUUAAUUGGUAGGAUAAAAAAUGUUGAAGAUAAAUCAUGGAAAAAAAUACGUCCAAGACCAACAAAAACAAAUUAUGAAGGACCAUAUUAUAUAUGUAAAGAUGUUGCUGCAGAGGAUGAAUGUCGAUAUUCUGGUCACUGUACAUUCGCUUAUUGCCAAGAAGAGAUAGAUGUGUGGACCCUUGAAAGAAAAGGGGCAUUCAGUCGAGAGGCUUUCUUUGGUGGCAAUGGAAAGAUCAGUCUUACUGUGGUCAAACUUCUUCAAGAGCAUCUUGGAGAAUUUACAUUCCUUUGUGAGAAAUGUUUUGAUCAUAAACCUAGAAUGAUAAGCAAAAGAAAUAAAGAUAAUUCCACUGCUUGUUCUCACCCUGUUACAAAGCAUGAAUUUGAGGACAAUAAGUGCCUUGUCCACAUUUUGAGAGAGACCACAGUAAAAUAUUCCAAAAUACGUUCUUUUCAUAGUCAGUGUCAGCUUGAUCUGUGUCGACAUGAGGUCCGUUACGGUUGCUUAAGGGAAGAUGAGUGCUUCUAUGCCCAUAGUCUUAUUGAAUUGAAAGUAUGGAUAAUGCAGAAUGAAAGAGGUAUCUCCCAUGAUGUUAUUGCUCAAGAAUCCAAACAGUAUUGGAGAAGUUUGGAAGCAAGCAUGCCUGGAACUCAGGUACUUGGCAAUCAGAUAAUGCCUGGAUUACUUAAUAUGGAGAUAAAAUUUGUAUGUGCUCAGUGUCUGAGAAAUGGUCAAGUCAUUGAACCAGACAAGAACAGAAAGUACUGCAGUGCCAAAGCACAGCACUCGUGGACCAAAGAACGUCGUGCGAUGAGAGCAAUGUCUUUUGAACGUAAGAAGUGGAUGAACAUCCGUCCUCUCCCCACAAAGAAACAAAUGCCUUUACAGUUUGAUCUAUGCAACCAUAUUGCUUCUGGAAAAAAAUGUCAGUAUGUUGGCAACUGUUCUUUUGCUCAUAGUCCUGAGGAACGUGAAGUGUGGACUUACAUGAAGGAUAAUAGAAUACAUGAUAUAGAGCAGUUUUAUGAACUCUGGCUGAAGAAUCAAAAAAGUGAAAAAAGUGAUGAUGUAGCCAGUCACUGUAACAAAGAAAAUGGGAAGCAGAUCCACAUGCCAACAGAUUAUGCUGAAAUUUCUGUGGACUUCCACUGCUGGAUGUGUGGGAAGAAUUGUAACAGUGAGAAGCAAUGGCAAGGUCAUAUCUCCUCCGAGAAGCACAAAGAGAAGGUUUUCCACACUGAGGAUGACCAGUAUUGCUGGCAGCACCGCUUCCCCACUGGGAACUUCAGUAUUUGUGAGAGGUAUAUGAAUGGCUCCUGCACAGAAGGAAGCAACUGUAAAUUUGCACACGGAAAUGCUGAACUUCAUGAAUGGAAAGAAAGAAAGAAGGCCCUAGAGAUGAAACUCAACAAAGCACGAAAAGAUCACUUAAUUGCCCCAAAUGAUAAUGACUUUGGAAAAUAUAGUUUUUUGUUUAAAGAUUUAAACUAACACACUGGCUUUUAUGUAACCCAAUCAGAGCACUGACCAGAAAAAUUGGAGGUGUUGAAAAGCACGUAGCAGAGGAGCCGCAGGUUUUCUGCUUGAUUGGUAUCUAUCGUUCUCCUGAGCAGCAACCCACAGUAGAUAGGAAACGGCUGUUUGACAGGCCUGGCCAAGCUCUCACAGAGCCACUGGCAUCAGAUGGCAAAGUGACUUGCUGCUGGUUGCUGUCUGUUGGACAGACUUUUGGAUGAGGUGUAUUGAGAAAGAGGAUAAAGUUUACAUCUAGGAUGACUCUCUGAGUUGGUCCAUCAGAUAAGAACCAUGACCAUGAGAGAAUAAAUGGACACUGGUAUCAGAAUACAUAAUGGAUGAAAUUAUUUACAUGUUUUAGUGGAACGAAUUUAUUUAAUAUAAUAAAGUUUGCUACUUAUCUGUAUGUAGGUUGCUAAAAAGGAUUUUUAACUCAGAUUUUUAAGCCAAAUAACCAUUUAACACUACUAUCUGUUAAAUGGGGUAUUUUCUGUAUUUGUAUGUUUCACUGUGGUAAGGGAACUGAUGAUCAUGUACAUCAAGAAUAUUUUGAAAAUAAUCAAUUGACACAAAUUUUAUUUCUUGGUCUUUUGCUGUUUGAAUGAUGAUUUUUGAAAGAUUAAACUUGUACUGUUGGUAUUGUGUAGUGUAUGGACCAAUAUUGCCUGUAAUAAAAGAUUUUAUAUAGCGAUGA